GAGACCGGGGGGUUUGGUGGAGAGUCGGUGGACCGGGUUUGGGGGGGCUGCACGAGCCAGACUGCGCAGUUGGAAUAAAAACAAAACGGGGACUCAGUGGUGAUCACACAGGCAACAUGGAAGUGCUUUCAGUUCUGAAUUUGGGCGAAUUUGCCCAAGUUUUCUCCAAAAUCGGAAUGUUUCCUGUGUUUGAUCUUGCGUAUUACAUCGUGUCCAUCCUCUACCUCAAGUAUGAGCCAGGCUCGGUGGAGGUUUCUCGCAGGAGUCCCGUGGCCUCCUGGCUCUGUGCCAUGCUCUACUGCUUUGGUAGUUACAUCCUGGCAGACAUCAUGCUUGGAAGCAGCCCCAUCGACUAUUUUCAACACAACAGCCACAUCCUGCUGGCCUCAGCUGUCUGGUACCUCAUCUUUUACUGCCCACUGAACCUCUUCUAUAAAUGUGUGGCUUUCCUGCCUGUUAAGCUGGUGUUGGUCGCCCUGAAGGAAGUUGUCCGCACCCGUAAGAUCGCCGCAGGUGUUCACCACGCCCACCACGCCUACCACCAUGGCUUCUUCAUCAUGGUCAUCGUUGGAUAUGUCAAAGGGUCUGGAGUGGCUCUCAUUUCCAAUUUUGAGCAGCUGCUGCGUGGUCUGUGGAGGCCCGAGACCAACGAGAUCCUCAACAUGUCAUUCCCGACCAAAGCCAGUCUGUACGGAGCCAUCCUCUUCACCCUGCAGGAGGCUCACUGGCUGCCAGUGUCCAAGAGCAUGCUCAUCCUCAUCUUCACCCUCUUCAUGGCCACAAGCAAGGUGGUGAUGACCGCCCGACACUCUCACGGCUCCCCCUUCGCCCUCAUUGAGUCCUGGGUUUGCCAUCUGCUGUUUGGCUCCCCUCUGGGCGGAUCCGAGGAAGACCACCAUCAUGCUGCCGUCCCAUCUUCACCUCUCAAAACCAAGGAGGAGCUGAGCGAAGGCGCCCGCAAGAGGAAGGCCAAGAAAGCCGAGUAGGACGUCGAGCUGAAAACUGCAUCGUGGCCGCCACAUGAUGGGACCUCCCAUUCCUUUCUAGGGAAAGGGGCAGUUUGAUGUUCAACCAAAUGAGACCCUUUCUAUAAGAGCAAAAUGGUGCUUUUCUGCAUUUUACACAGAACGAGGACUCUGUAAAUAACACGGCAAACGUUUCACACCUCAACCUGACCUGGACAUUUGAAACCUAUUUAUUUAUGUGUUUGUGAACAUCUGUGCUCAACACGUGUGGUGAUCCACGUCUAGGCCUCUCUUACAUAUCAGUAGCUGUGUUACCGAGUGUCAGUGAAGUCCACCAAAACUUAUUUCAGUUCAGAAAGAAAUGGAAAAUACAAAUUAAUCUGACUGUCAAUCAGAAAUUCAAAUGUGAAUAAAGCAUUGUGUGAAAGAACAUUGCUGCUUUUUACAUUUAAAUGAAGACAACUUCCUGUCUUUCAAUAAAAUCUAGAGAAACA